AACUUCUCUAUCACGUACCUGGUGAUGGAGGCCAAUGGAGAGAGGGCUUCCCUUGCGGCUAAGUUCCGGACUCCCCUGAGAGAAGGACAGCGGGAGUCAGACCCAAAGUUGCACAGGUCGCCUGUAGGAGUGCUGGUUGGUGGUCCACUCAGAAGCGCCGCUGGUGCACGGAGAUAGGUCUGCAGACAGGAGGCGCCUGUGGGUGGUAUGCAAGCCCUUUCAGGAUUUGGAUGUUUACUGGGUAGUCGGUUCAAGCCAAGGUCAGGUACCGGGUGGGAAUCAGAGCGUAUGUGGUCAGAUGGGAAAGCCGAGGUCAU